UUUUUUUUUUUUUUUUUUUUUUUUUUUUUUAAGAUGAAGCAACCACACCUGAACCUGAUCCAGAUUUUACUGAGUAUAUGACAGGGAAAAAAAUUCCUGCUGGUGGCCUUCCAGGCGUGGAUUUAAGUGAUCCCAAACAACUAGCAGAAUUUGCAAAAAUGAAACCUCGUAAAUUGUCUGAUGACCUGUCUAGGACAAUAGCCUGUCCACACAAGGGUUGUACAAAGAUGUUUCGAGAUAAUUCUGCCAUGCGUAAACACCUUCAUACACAUGGUCCACGAGUUCAUGUGUGUGCUGAAUGUGGUAAGGCCUUCGUAGAGAGCUCAAAGUUAAAAAGGCAUCAGUUAGUCCAUACUGGCGAAAAACCAUUUCAGUGUACAUUCGAAGGUUGUGGUAAACGUUUCUCCUUGGAUUUUAAUCUUCGUACCCAUGUUCGAAUCCAUACAGGUGACCGCCCUUAUGUUUGUCCUUUUGAUGGCUGUAAUAAAAAGUUUGCCCAAUCAACUAACCUCAAAUCUCACAUUCUUACGCAUGCCAAAGCUAAUGAUUCUUAACCUGGGAUACAUGCACCCAUGACAGUUGAACAACAGUUAUGGCUUUCAUUAAUGGAAAGGAAAGUUAUAUAUCUGGACAAGUGGACAGCUCUGCAGUUUAUUCCCCAUCCAUUAAAGUUCUUUUGUACUCAGUAAUAGUACAAAAUAAUCAUUUGACAAAUCUGAGAACUUCAUCUCAAGCAAAUCAUAUUGCUGGAAAUGUAUGGAGAUCUUUAUGAAUGUUUGUGGGAAUGGUUUGAAACCGUUCCCAGUCUAUAUUUAGAGUAAAACUGUGUUGUUUUUUUAAUAUGAAGCAUCAUAUUUUAUUACUUGAAAUAUGGAGAUUGGGUUGAAACUGUUCUCAGUCUAUAUUUGCAGUAAAAUGUGUCAAAACAUCAUAUUUUAGUACUUGAAAUGUGCUGUUAUGCUAUGGCAGUGUUGCUUACUGGUUUUGUCUCAGUAAUCCUCACAUUUUGUAAAUUCUAUUGGAAUAAGUGUUCUUUCUGUACCAUGUUAUUUAUCAGGAGGAAAAAAAAAAAUAAUAAUUUGAAUAAUAUCAAGUGUCCUGUCUGACAACAGUCUCAAGCUAUCUGCAUUUUAGCAUGUGUUAUAAUUCUACCACUGUUUAAUUUAGCCUUUUCACUUGUUCUGUAUGAAUGCAAUUUGAUUAUUAUGUAUUCCUUUAGUCUCCUCUUUUUUACAACUACCCUGUGAUCCUAUGUAAAUAUCUGUUAAUAAGAAAUAUAUUCAUAUACACUGCAGUCCAAAGUAGUAGUUCCUGGAGUUAAUCUCAGUUGUGUUUUCUGCAGUUGGUUAAGGGAAUAAAUAGCAGUAAUUUUUUGCAAUGAAUGAUGUAUUGAACUAAAACAUGGGAAACAGUUCAGAUACCUUCCAUCCAUAUGCUUGCCUAAAAGUUUUAUUACUAUUACUCUACUACAUAUUAAUUUCAUAGGUUUAAAAUUUUCUUACUGCUAUUCAGAAACUUCAGUGUGUAAAAUUUUGAAUCUCUAUAACAUUUUAUAUUGAACAUGCUAAUUUAAACAGUUGAAGUACAUUUCUGCAAAAAAUGCCUUAAAAGUUUUUGUUUUUCUCAUGUAGUUGACUUCAUGAAUUCAGUUAUUUAAAACUUCUUUGCAUGAGAUAGCUUUCAACAUAUGUUAGUUUGCUUCAGUAAUAUUCCAAAUAUAUUGAAGAGAUAUAUGUAUGCCUCAUUGAGUGUUACGAAUGUCUUAUUAAAGGCUGUAAUGUAAACUGUUCUCAUUAAGAAGGAAAUAGUGCCAAAAUACUGUACAGAAAUGAAGUACCAUUCCUAUGUUAAGACACUAAAUUUUUUUUACCAGAGCAAAAUAUGUUUUUUAUUGGAAAUAAUUUAAUUCAUUUUGAAAGUAUUUAGUGCCUUGCUGUUAAUAGAUACAUUGUUUUACUUGGAAUGAAAAGUGUCAUACAAGAAAGGAAUGAAAAAGUGAAAAAUGAAAGGAAUGAAAAAGUGUCAAAAAUAUGUUGCUCUCAUAUUUAUUUGAAUGAUCUAAAUAUUAUCUGAAUGAAUGAACAAUUAUGAAAAUUUAGACUAAAAGAAGGAAUUAGGCAGAUUUAGAUAAGAAAUGCUGCUUAAAUACAGUUUAAAAGCAGAUCCAAAGUUGUGCCUCUCAGAGGGUUAAUUAAAGUACGAUGUAAUAUUUACUAAGAAAUUAUUAAAGGAAAGACAAUCGCACAACUAAAGUGAUAAAACAUUUCAACAAUUUCUAAACCUAUUUUUCUAUCAGUCGGAAUAUUUUUUUUUUAUCUUUAUUCAAUCAACAGUAUAUGAUCUCUCAGUUGACACCAGUGAAAUUUGGAAUUUUGUGGUUAUCUGAUGUGCUCAUUCUUCACUGCAUCCUCAUUCAGUGUAGAUUGUUUGUGACUUUUAUGUCAUCUGAUUUCAUGAGUAUAUGAGAAGAGUUUGCCACAAUUGCCAUAAAAUCAGUGAUAAGAAACAGCACUGGUAAUGUAUGCUAUUAAAAAUCAUUGAUACCACUUUACUAAAACAUCAAAGUUUCUUGAGCCCAAGUUUAAUGUGCUGCUUUUGUUGUGUAAGUUUCAAAUGCCUUGAAGUGUGUAAAUGUAAUAGAUCGUAGGUUUGAAGAACUGACCUACCUCAUAAAUUUUGCUUAGUGAUGUGAGAAUUAAAAGAGUGUGGUGGGUUGCAGUCAAGGUUAAGAACUGCUGUAGUGCAAUUAAUUUAAAUAUUUCAUUGGUAGCUAUUCAGUUUUUGUUUGUCCAUAUCAUCUGUAUAGUUUUGAAUCACCAUCAUUUUAUAAUAAAUUGACAUGUUUCUGAAAA